GUAAUGAAAUCAGGCAAUUGAAUCUCCGUAUAAAAGCCGACAUUUUCAAGGGAGCGUCCACAGUAACUCAUUGGACAGUUUUGCGAGCACAACAUGGGGUGGUUAUCCCAUGUAAUUAUCGCUAUUUUUCUAAUAGACAUUCAUCCCACUAAGAUUUAUGCCCAGGAAGUAGGCAUCGCACAAAAUGAUCCUUUGCUAUCUCGAGAAACUGGAUCGAACUUUGCAAGUUCGUUUGUGAAUUACUUAAAGUCAUGCGGACAGUUUACCAUAAAAGAAGCCGACCAGUUCACGGAGGUAUUGGAUACUCUCACGGACGCUUAUGGAGAUUUUGCUAACCUUCAGUUCCAGUCCCGGACGUCGAUGAUGGCGGCUGCUGCCGGAUUUGCCGCUGCCAUCUCUGAAAGGACUGCCAAUGACGUGCACGCGGGUGACUUGAUGCCCAAGUCUGGAUGCGUCAUAAAUGCAUUGAAGCAUGCGUUUAUAAUGUCCACAGGAGUAUCUAACCCUUUCUUCAUCUCGGAAGUAAGAAAACUGAUCCAGAUAUUCUUCCUCACCGACGCCGCUCCCUUGGACGAGCUACCUGAACCUGAAUACGUAGGUGAUAUUGGUGGAGAAGUGGCGGGAACGAACCAAGGUCCAACCGGCGAUUUAAGAGCAGCUGCUCCAGAUGAUUUAGCCGAUGAUGAUGAUUUAGGCGGAGGAGAAAAAGGAAAAAGAGGUGGACCCCGAGGAGAUAUGGAAGCAGGGAUAUUCUCCGCAAUAUUUGGCAGUGACGGAAGCAGCAGCAGCUACGAAACGACUGAAUAUGUAACAGGUGAAUACCAAACAGGAGAAUAUGUAACAGGUGAAUACCAAACAGGGGAAUAUGUAACUGGUGAAUAUGAAACUGGAGAAUAUACAACAGGCGAAUACGAAACUGGAGAAUACGUAACAGGUGAAUAUGCAACUGGAGAAUAUACAACAGGUGAAUACGAAACAGGGGAAUAUGUAACAGGUGAAUACGAUACUGGGGAAUAUGUAACAGGUGAAUAUGCAACUGGAGAAUAUACAACAGGUGAAUAUGCAACUGGAGAAUAUACAACAGGUGAAUACGAAACAGGGGAAUAUGUAACAGGUGAAUACUCGACAGGAGAAUAUGUCACCGGUGAAUAUACAAGUGGAGCAGCUGCUAGCAAGAAAUGUGCUCCGAAAAAGAAAGGAAUUAUAUCUGGUUUUAUUACAGGAAUUUUUGGAAGCAAUGGAAGUGAUGACUGUGAAGAAGAAACUGGUGAAGCUGUGUCAGCUGAAUACCAAUCUUACUAUUAUUACUCAUAUAUAACUGGUGAGUAUUACUCAGGAGUUUUUGAUUCUUAUACAUACAGAACAGAUGAAUAUAUUACAGGAGAGUACUAUACUGGCGAGUUUUCGUCAACUGAUUACUACACGGGAGAAAUAAUUACUGCAGAACAAUACUCGGGUGGGUACGGAUCUGGAGAAUAUUCGUCAGCUGAAAUUCCUACGUUUGUUGUAUUACCAGGGCCUAAUGGUGAGCAAAGACCAGUACAGAUUGUAAUUGCUGGGCCAGGAUCGACACCAGGUACUGUUACUAACUCGAAUGGAUUGCUUGUGAAAAUUGUUUUGCCCUCUGGAGGUGAUGUUACGCCUGGCACGAUUCCGGGAUCUAAUGGAAGAACAAUCCAGAUAGUACCAGCAGGACCAGGCGUUACGCCAGGAAUUAUCACUGGUACUGAUGGUUAUAUAAUUAAAAUUGUUAUACCAAGUUUUCCCCACCCCAAACCAUUCCCACAUCCAAAUAAACCAGGACGUCGUGUCAUUUUUGUCACUGGACCGGGGGGCCGUCGAAUUCAAAUAGUACCCGCUGGCCCAGGAAGAACACCAGGUACUGUUACUGAUAACAAUGGAAACAUCAUUCGAAUAAUACUGCCAGCUGGAGGAGGUAUUACUCCUGGAUCCGUUAAUGGACCAGGUGGUAGAAAAAUAGUAAUUAUUCCUGUACGUCCCGGUACGUCACCUGGUGUCAUCACUGGCUCUGACGGUAAAAUCGCCACUAUCAAAAUUCCGCCAUUCCCUCGGGGAGGAAGGAGACCUCAUCACAGUACUCCGAGUUAUGUUGAAGGCCCCGGUCGCCAGCUCAUUCAGAUAGUUCCUGGAGGACCUGGUACUACUCCGGGUGCUAUUACAGGGCCAAGUGGAAACAUUGUGCGAAUCAUACUACCCGCAGGAGCUGAUGUAACACCUGGUAACAUUAAAGGUCCCAAUAACAGACAAAUAUAUAUUCAACCAGCUGGAAAAGGUACUACACCAGGAGUAGUUACAGGAUCUGAUGGCCAAAUAGCCACAAUAAUUAUACCACGAUUUAAAAUUAGACAUCCCUUCCAUGGAGGAUUCACUCCAGUCCCAAUCAAUGGUAAUCAUGGACAAGUGAUAUUAAUAGUACCUGGUGGUCCAGGCAGAACACCAGGCUUCGUGACAGCAAAAGAUGGCAAUAUAGUCAAAAUUAUUUUACCGGCUGGAGCAGAUGUAACACCAGGAUCUCUUCCAGGCCCAGGCGGUAGACCUAUCCGUAUAGAACCUGUUAGGCCAGGCACUACUCCAGGAGCAGUAACAGGCUCUGAUGGAAAUAUUAUUAAGAUAUUAAUUCCUCAAUUCCCCAUGCCAGGUCCAUAUAUUGAAGGAAGUACUCCUUUAACGAUAAAACUUCCUGGCGGAAGACCUAUUGCAGUAAUACCGGGAGGACCAGGUACAACACCAGGAGUGGUUACAGAUCCAAAUGGCCGCAUAAUUAGAAUUAUAUUACCGGCUGGUGCUGAUGUAACUCCAGGAAGUAUUGAAGGACCAUAUGGACAAACAAUUAAAAUUCAACCAGAAAGUCCAGGAUCUACUCCAGGUGCAGUUACAAACAGUGAUGGUCACAUUAUAACAAUUAUAAUACCUCUGUUACCCAUGCCUGGUCCAUUUGGACCUGGUACAACACCCUCUUACGUCAAAGGUCCGAAAGGUGAGCUAAUACAGAUAGUUCCAGGAGGUCCCGGCACAACACCUGGAGUUCAAACCGGUCCUUAUGGAAAUAUCAUUCGAAUAAUACUGCCAGCUGGAGGAGAUGUAACACCAGGAACUGUCAAAGGACCAGGUGGAAGGACAAUAAAAAUUAGACCCGCUGGACCUGGUACAACACCUGGCGUACGAACUGACUCAGAUGGCUAUAUAAUCGAGAUAAUUAUCGAAAUUUUCCCAGCCCCAGGUCCAUUCGGAGGAAGUACUCCCGCUUUCCUGCGAAUUCCAGGCAGAAGACCAAUCCAAAUAAUACCUGGAGGCCCCGGAACAACUCCAGGUACAGUUACAGAUCGAAAAGGUAAUAUCAUUAAAAUAAUUCUUCCCGGAGGAGCUGACGUUACUCCUGGAUCAAUUGAAGGUCCAGAUGGGCAACCCAUUCAGAUAAUACCUGUGAGACCAGGAACAACACCAGGAGUUAUAACAGAUCCUAACACUCACAAAAUAAUCAAAAUUAUAAUACCGCAAUUCCCAUAUAAAAAUCCGUUUGGACCAGGAACCACUCCUGUUCAGAUUGCAGGUCCUAAUGGACGGCCGAUUCAAAUCAUUCCCGCUGGGGCUGGAACAACACCUGGCACAGUAACGGAUAGACAUGGAAGGAUAAUUCAAAUUAUUAUUCCAGCGGGAUCUGAUGUAACACCAGGUUCAGUCGAUGGACCAGGAGGAAGACCGAUAAAGAUAGUUCCAGUCGGUCCAGGAUCAACGCCUGGUGUCGUAACUGAUUCAAGUGGACAAAUUAUCAAAAUAAUAAUUCCACAAUUCCCAGCACCAUACCCUGAUAUACCAGGAGCAACACCAGGUAUGGUGAGAUUCCCGAAUGGGCGACCAAUUAUAAUUAUUCCAGGAGGUCCAGGUACAACUCCAGGAGCGAUUACAGGACCAGAUGGAACUAUUAUCCGAAUUAUACUACCAGCUGGUGGCGCUUCAACUCCUGGAACUAUCAAAGGUCCUGGAGGUCGACCAAUCCAAAUUGAGCCCGCAGGCCCAGGAACGACUCCAGGAGUGGAAACUGGAAAAGAUGGUCAUGUAGUUAAAAUAUAUCUCCCACGCUUCCCAUCACCAGGCCCUGCUGGACCAGGUAGCGAACCAUCAUAUAUUACAGGACCACAGGGUCAACCGAUUCAAAUCAUUCCAGGAGGACCGGGCACGACACCGGGUGUCGUAACUGGACCAUAUGGAAACAUAAUCAGAAUAAUAAUUCCUGCUGGAGGGGAUGUUACGCCUGGAGAUAUUCCAGGUCCGGAUGGAAAACCUAUAAGAAUUGAGUUCCCAGGACCCGGAACAACACCAGGUAUAGUUACAAAACCGGGUGGAAAAAUAGUUAAAAUUAUUAUUCCAUUUUUCCCACAAAACUUGCCAUCCGGAUUUUCUACUCCAGCUGAAGUGAAAGGGCCUGAUGGAAGACCAAUACAAAUUAUUUUAACAGGACCAGGAAGCACACCGGGUACAGUAACUGACAAAGAAGGGCAUAUAGUUCGAAUAUUACUACCUAAUGGUGCUAAUAAAACGCCAGGAUCUGUAAAAGGACCUGGAGGUCGUCCAAUAAAAAUAGAAACAGUUCAACCGGGCUCUACACCGGGAGUUGUGACAGGUCCUGAUGGACAAAUUAAGAAAAUCAUAAUUCCUGUUUUCCCUGUACCUGGGGACGAACCAUCCUCGGAGACUACACCGAAGAGUGUUCCAAAUCCAGAUGGUGGCAGACCGAUACAAUUGAUUCCAGGGGGACCAGGUACAACACCCGGAGUAAUAACUGAUUCUGACGGACACGUUAUAAGAAUUAUAUUACCUUCUGGAGCUGAUAGAACACCAGGUUCUAUAGAUGGACCAGGAGGAAGGCCGAUAAAGAUACAACCACUUGGUCCAGGUACCACUCCCGGAGUUGUUACUCGACCAGAUGGCUCAAUUAAAAUCAUUUUCGUACCCCAAUUUCCAUCUUCAGACAAUAAUGCUCCAGGUCCAAAAGAUGAUGGACCAUAUGGCCCAGGUAACACCCCGGGAAGCGUUGAAGGUCCAGAUGGUCGACCGAUUCAAAUUAUACCAGCGAAACCUGGUACCUCUCCUGGUGCAGUCACAGACGCCAGUGGUCGCAUAAUAAAAAUAAUUCUUCCAGUAGGAUCAGGUACCACCCCAGGAACAGUACCGGGACCAAAUGGCCAUCCGAUUCACAUAGUGGUAGCAGGUCCAGGAACCACACCUGGCUCUAAAACAGGACCUGAUGGAAAUAUCAUUGAAAUUGUAUUACCUAAUCCAAAUAGGAAACCUGAAGGAGGAGAAGCUACGACUCCAAAACAAGUUACGGAUAAAAAAGGAGCGUCAAUAUCUAUAAUACCAGCCGGACCAGGAACUACACCUGGAGCAGUAACAGAUACAUCUGGAAACAUUAUAAGAAUUAUAUUACCUCAAAAUGGAGAAAAAACACCAGGUACUAUUAAAGGACCUGAUGGUAGACCAAUUAAAAUUUUCCCAUAUCAAAAGGGUACGACACCAGGAGUAAAAUUAGGCCCAGAUGGAAAUGUGAUAGAAAUACACUUACCCAAAAAUCCCUUCGAUAAACCCAUAAUACCAAUUAAGCCCGGAGGUGGAGGAAGUGGUCCAAUUCAGAUUGUUCCAGAAGGACCAGGAUCAACUCCUGGAACUGUUACUGGACCAGAUGGAAGCAUAAUUAAGAUUGUAUUCCCUCGUGGAGCUCAAUCAACACCUGGAACAAUUCCAGGACCGGGUGGUAGGCCGAUAAAAAUUGGACCAGCUGGCCCAGGAACAACUCCUGGAGUAGAACAAAACCCAGACGGAAGUAUUAAAGUAAUAUAUCUCCCAUCUUUCCCAAUUGGACCAGGAACAACAGUUACUAGUUCGGGAUCCAAGGGACAAGGAGGAACGACUCCAGGAGAAUCGGGUGAGGCUCCCGGUCCUAGCACACCUUCACAAAUUACAGGACCAGGAGGAAAACCUAUCCAACUCAUUCCUCAAGGUCCAGGAACAACUCCAGGGACCGUAACCAGGAAAGAUGGAACUAUAAUAUAUAUAAUUCUACCUCGAGGUUCUGGAACAACUCCUGGGUCUGUUGAAGGACCAGGUGGAAAGCCGAUCAAAAUAUUACCAGCCGGACCAGGCACAACUCCAGGAGCUAAAACCGGUCCAGAUGGUAACAUUCAAAUCAUUUUUAUACCACAACAUCCAACCACAAGACGUGAUGGUAGUACUCCCUCUCAUAUAACAGGUCCAGGUGGAAGACCCAUCCAACUUAUACCAAGCAGACCAGGACAAACUCCAGGAGCAGUUACUGGACCAGAUGGCUAUAUUAUAUACAUUAUCUUACCAACAGGGUCAGGAACCACACCAGGUUCCGUCGAAGGACCUAAUGGACACCCAAUAAGAAUAAUGCCUGUAGGCCCAGGUUCAACACCAGGUGCAAAAACUGGUCCUGAUGGCAACAUAGAUGUAAUAUACAUUCCUCAAACUCCAAAAAGCAGCACACCCUCUCAAGUAACAGGACCUGGAGGAAACCCUAUACAAUUAAUACCACAAGGGCCAGGGACAACACCCGGAGCGGUAACCGGCCCAGACGGUACUAUAAUAUACAUUAUUCUACCGAAAGGUUCUGGAACAACACCUGGUUCAGUUGAAGGUCCAGGAGGAAAGCCAAUUAAAAUUCUUCCAGCAAAACCGGGUACAACACCAGGUGCAGAAACUGGACCGGAUGGUACAAUCGAAAUCAUUUAUAUACCACAGUACCCAACCACAAGAAGAGACGGUAGCACACCAUCUCAAAUUACAGGACCUGGAGGAAGACCAAUUCAACUUAUACCAAGACGACCAGGACAAACACCCGGUACAGUUACCGGACCUGAUGGCUAUCCGAUCUAUAUAAUAUUACCUUCAGGAUCAGGAAGUACACCAGGUUCAGUUGAAGGACCAGAUGGAAAACCGAUUAAAAUUAUGCCUGUAGGACCAGGAACAACCCCAGGUGCUAAAACUGGCCCUGAUGGUACGAUUGAAAUUAUUUUCAUUCCGCAAUCAGAAAGUACACCAACUGGAAGCACACCUUCGCAAAUUACAGGUCCAGGUGGAAGGCCAAUUCAACUUAUUCCUCAAGGACCUGGCAGUACUCCAGGCGCAGUUACAGGUCCAGAUGGCGUUAUAAUAUAUAUUAUUCUGCCGAGAGGUUCUGGGACAACUCCAGGCUCCGUUGAAGGGCCAGAUGGACAACCUAUCAAAAUAAUGCCAGCUGGACCAGGUACUACACCAGGUGCUGAGACGGGACCUGAUGGCAACAUCCGAAUUAUAUACAUACCAUCACAUCCAAGAACUAGACCGGAUGGUAGUACGCCUUCUCAGGUAACUGGACCAGGAGGAAGACCAAUACAACUCAUCCCAAGUAGACCUGGACAAACUCCAGGAACAGUUACGGGACCUGAUGGUUAUAUAAUUUACAUAAUAUUACCAUCCGGUUCAGGUUCAACUCCAGGCUCAGUCGAAGGACCUGAUGGAAGACCAAUAAAAAUAGUUCCUGCAGGACCUGGUACUACACCGGGAGCAAAAACAGGACCUGAUGGCAGUAUCCAGAUCAUAUAUAUACCACAGCCUAAACCUUCCAGCACACCAUCGCAAAUUACAGGUCCAGGUGGAAGGCCGAUUCAACUUAUUCCUCAAGGACCUGGCAGCACUCCAGGCGCAGUUACAGGUCCAGAUGGUGUUAUAAUAUACAUUAUUCUACCGAGAGGUUCUGGGACAACUCCAGGCUCCGUUGAAGGGCCAGAUGGGCAGCCUAUCAAAAUAAUGCCAGCUGGACCAGGUACUACACCAGGUGCUGAGACGGGACCAGAUGGCAGCAUCCGAAUUAUAUACAUACCAUCACAACCAAGAACUAGACCAGAUGGUAGUACACCUUCUCAGGUAACUGGACCAGGAGGAAGACCAAUACAGCUCAUCCCAAGUAGACCUGGACAAACUCCAGGAACAGUCACGGGACCUGAUGGUUAUAUAAUUUACAUAAUAUUACCAUCCGGUUCAGGUUCAACUCCAGGCUCAGUCGAAGGACCUGAUGGAAGACCAAUAAAAAUAGUUCCUGCAGGACCUGGAACAACACCGGGAGCAAAAACAGGACCUGAUGGCAGUAUCCAGAUCAUAUAUAUACCACAGCCUAAACCUUCAAGCACACCAUCGCAAAUUACGGGUCCAGGUGGAAGGCCGAUUCAAUUGAUCCCUCUAUCCCCAGGUAGUACACCAGGCGCAGUUACAGGUCCAGAUGGAGUUAUAAUAUACAUUAUUCUACCGAACGGUUCUGGGACAACUCCAGGCUCCGUUGAAGGGCCAGAUGGACAGCCUAUCAAAAUAAUACCAGCAGGUCCAGGUACUACACCAGGUGCUGAGACGGGACCUGAUGGUAGUAUUAGAAUAAUAUACAUACCAUCACAUCCAAGAACUAGACCGGACGGUAGUACACCUUCGCAGGUUACGGGACCAGGUGGAAGACCAAUACAACUCAUUCCAGGCAGACCAGGACAAACUCCAGGUACUGUUACAGGACCUGAUGGCUACCCAAUUUACAUCAUAUUACCUUCUGGAUCAGGAAGCACACCCGGCUCAUUUGAAGGACCAGAUGGACAACCAAUAAAAGUUAUACCAGCCGGGCCUGGUACAACACCUGGAGUUAAGACUCGCCCCGAUGGUAGUAUUAAAAUUAUAUAUAUUCCACAAUCCCAAGGUACAACACCAAGUGGAACUACAGUUACAAGUUCUGGAUCCAAGGGACAAGGAGGAACUACGCCAAGUGGCUCCAGCAAUGCACCGGGACCAAGUACGCCUAGUGGAAGUACACCGUCACAGGUUACAGGUCCUGGAGGAAGUCCGAUUCAGCUCAUUCCUCUGUCACCAGGUAGCACACCAGGCGCAGUUACAGGUCCAGAUGGUCGUAUAAUAUACAUAAUUCUUCCGAAUGGUUCUGGAACAACUCCAGGCUCCGUUGAAGGGCCAGAUGGACAGCCUAUCAAAAUAAUGCCAGCUGGACCAGGUACUACACCAGGUGCUGAGACGGGACCUGAUGGCAGUAUUAGAAUAAUAUACAUACCAUCACAUCCAAGAACCAGACCGGACGGUAGUACACCUUCGCAUGUUACAGGGCCAGGUGGAAGACCCAUACAACUUAUUCCAGGCAAACCAGGACAAACCCCAGGCGCAGUUACAGGACCUGAUGGCUAUCCUAUUUACAUCAUAUUGCCUUCAGGAUCGGGUUCAACACCAGGUUCUUUUGAAGGUCCAGAUGGACAACCAAUAAAGGUGGUGCCAGUUGGUCCUGGAACUACACCAGGAGCAGAAACGAGACCGGAUGGCAGUAUUAAGAUCAUUUUCAUUCCCCAAUCUGGAAGCACUCCAAGCGGAAGCACCCCAUCACAAGUCACUGGUCCAGGAGGAAGGCCAAUACAACUCAUCCCACUAUCCCCAGGUAGUACACCAGGGGCAGUUACAGGUCCAGAUGGAGUUAUAAUACCAGAUGGUCGUAUAAUAUACAUAAUUCUACCAAAUGGUUCUGGAACAACUCCAGGCUCUGUUGAAGGGCCAGAUGGACAGCCUAUCAAAAUAAUGCCAGCUGGAAAGGGUACUACACCAGGUGCUGAGACGGGACCUGAUGGCAGUAUUAGAAUUAUAUACAUCCCAUCCCAUCCAAGAACAAGACCGGACGGUAGUACACCCUCUCAAGUUACAGGGCCUGGGGGAAGACCGAUACAACUCAUUCCUAGCAGACCAGGACAAACUCCAGGUACAGUAACAGGACCUGAUGGUUAUCCAAUUUACAUUAUAUUACCCUCGGGAUCAGGAAGCACGCCAGGCUCUUUUGAAGGACCAGAUGGUCAGCCAAUCAAGGUGGUGCCAGUUGGCCCUGGAACUACACCUGGAGCUGAAACAAGACCAGACGGAAGUAUUAAGAUAAUUUUCAUUCCACAAUCUGGAAGUACUCCAAGUGGAAGUACACCAUCACAAGUAACAGGUCCCGGAGGAAGACCGAUUCAGCUGAUCCCACUAUCUCCAGGUAGUACACCAGGCGCCGUAACGGGACCAGAUGGAUCUGUAAUAUACAUAAUUCUACCAAAUGGUUCUGGAACAACUCCAGGCUCCAUUGAAGGGCCAGAUGGGCAACCAAUCAAAAUAAUGCCGGCUGGACCAGGAACAACACCAGGUGCAGAAACGGGCCCUGACGGCAACAUCAGAAUUAUAUACAUACCGUCGCAUCCCAAAACUAGACCAGAUGGCAGUACGCCUUCUCAGGUUACAGGUCCUGGUGGAAGACCGAUACAACUCAUUCCUAGCAGACCAGGACAAACUCCAGGCACUGUUACUGGACCUGAUGGAUAUCCAAUUUAUAUAAUAUUACCUUCAGGUGCGGGAAGUACACCCGGCUCGUUCGAAGGACCAGAUGGACAACCAAUCAAAGUAAUACCGGCAGGACCGGGUACAACACCUGGAGUUAAGACACGACCUGAUGGCAGUAUUAAAAUUAUAUUUAUUCCACAAUCCCACGGUACAACACCAAGUGGAACUACAGUUACAAGUUCUGGAUCAAAGGGACAAGGAGGAACGACACCAGGAGGCUCUAGCAAUGCACCAGGACCCAGUCCAAGUGAUCAAUCUACACCUAGCCAACCUAUAGUGGUUACAUUGAGCCCAAUCUCUGGACCAGGUGGUGAACCAAUUCAGUUGAUACCUGGAUCAGGAGGCAGUACUCCUGGAGUAAAAACCGGUCCUGAUGGACAACCUAUUACAAUAGUAUUGCCUGAAGGUGCUGGAAGUACACCCGGAACCAUUGAAGGACCCAAUGGAGAGCCUAUCAAGGUUAUACCAAUUCAACCGGGAACCACACCAGGAGUUAAGACUGGACCAGAUGGUAGCAUUAGCAUAAUCUACGUUCCGCAGUCUUCGUCUACUCCGACUGGUAGAAAGACGCCAAGACAACCUAUAGUGGUUACAUUGAGCCCAAUAUCUGGACCAGGUGGCGAGCCAAUUCAGUUGAUACCUGGAUCGGGAGGCAGUACUCCUGGAGUAAAAACCGGGCCUGAUGGACAACCUAUUACAAUAGUAUUGCCUGAAGGUGCUGGAAGUACACCGGGAACAAUUGAAGGACCCAAUGGAGAGCCUAUCAAGGUUAUACCAAUUCAACCGGGAACCACACCAGGAGUUAAGACUGGACCAGACGGUAGCAUUAGUAUCAUUUAUGUUCCACAAACAUCAUCUACUCCUCAAGGACCAGAUGGUGAACCUAUAACAAGUUCUGGUGUUAAGAGCCAAGGUGGUACAACUCCCGGUGGUUCUGAUAUAGCUCCUGGUCCUAGCACUCCUUCUCAAGUUACUGGUCCAGGAGGAAGACCAAUCCAACUUAUUCCAUUGCGACCUGGAAGUACGCCUGGCACAGUUACUGGUUCAGAUGGUUAUCCUAUAUACAUAAUAUUACCAAGUGGAUCAGGAACAACACCCGGAUCAGUAGAAGGGCCUGAUGGUAAACCCAUAAAAAUACUUCCAGCAGGGCCAGGUACAACACCAGGUGCUGAAACGGGACCUGAUGGCAGCAUCCGAAUUAUAUACAUACCGUCACAUCCAAGAACUAGACGUGAUGGUAGUACACCCUCUCAAGUUACAGGUCCUGGUGGAAGACCGAUACAACUCAUCCCAAGCAGACCAGGGCAAACUCCUGGCGCAGUUACAGGGCCUGAUGGUUACCCUAUUUACUUCAUAUUGCCUUCAGGAUCAGGUUCGACACCAGGCUCUUUCGAAGGACCAGACGGGCAGCCUAUUAAAGUUGUACCAGUUGGUCCAGGUAGCACACCUGGAGCAAAGACGAGACCUGAUGGUAGUAUUCAAAUAAUUUUCAUUCCACAGUCUGGCAGCACUCCAAGCGGAAGCACUCCUUCGCAAGUUACUGGACCAGGAGGAAGCCCAAUCCAACUUAUUCCAAUGCGACCUGGAAGUACACCUGGUGCUGUUACGGGACCUGACGGUUCUAUAAUAUAUAUUAUUUUGCCUAGUGGAUCAGGAACAACUCCGGGAUCUGUAGAAGGGCCUGAUGGUAAACCCAUAAAAAUACUUCCAGCUGGGCCAGGUACAACACCAGGUGCUGAAACGGGACCUGAUGGCAGCAUCCGAAUUAUAUACAUACCGUCACAUCCAAGAACCAGACGCGAUGGUAGUACACCCUCUCAAGUUACAGGUCCUGGUGGAAGACAUAUACAACUGAUCCCAAGCAGACCAGGACAAACUCCUGGCGUAGUUACCGGACCUGAUGGUUACCCUAUUUACUUCAUAUUGCCUUCAGGAUCAGGUUCGACACCAGGCUCUUUCGAAGGACCAGACGGACAGCCUAUUAAAGUUGUACCAGUUGGUCCAGGCAGCACGCCCGGAGCAAAGACGAGACCUGAUGGAAGUAUUCAAAUAAUUUUCAUUCCGCAGUCUGGCAGCACUCCAAGCGGAAGCACUCCUUCGCAAGUUACUGGACCAGGAGGAAGCCCAAUCCAACUUAUUCCAAUGCGACCUGGAAGUACACCUGGUGCUGUUACGGGACCUGACGGUUCUAUAAUAUAUAUUAUUUUGCCUAGUGGAUCAGGAACAACUCCGGGAUCUGUAGAAGGGCCUGAUGGUAAACCCAUAAAAAUACUUCCAGCUGGGCCAGGUACAACACCAGGUGCUGAAACGGGACCUGAUGGCAGCAUCCGAAUUAUAUACAUACCGUCACAUCCAAGAACCAGACAUGAUGGUAGUACACCCUCUCAAAUUACAGGUCCUGGUGGAAGACCGAUACAACUCAUCCCAAGCAGACCAGGACAAACUCCUGGCGCAGUUACAGGACCUGAUGGUUUCCCUAUUUACUUCAUAUUGCCUUCAGGAUCAGGUUCGACACCAGGCUCUUUCGAAGGACCAGACGGACAGCCUAUUAAAGUUGUACCAGUUGGUCCAGGCAGCACACCCGGCGCAAAGACGAGACCAGAUGGAAGUAUUCAAAUAAUUUUCAUUCCACAGUCUGGAAGCACUCCAAGCGGAAGCACUCCUUCGCAAGUUACUGGACCAGGAGGAAACCCAAUCCAACUUAUUCCUAUGCGACCUGGAAGUACACCCGGUGCCGUAACCGGACCAGAUGGUGUUAUAAUAUACAUAAUUCUACCGGAAGGUUCUGGCACAACUCCAGGCUCAGUAGAAGGGCCAGAUGGUAAACCCAUAAAAAUUCUUCCUGCAGGGCCAGGUACAACACCAGGUGCAGAAACUGGACCGGAUGGCAGCAUUCAAAUUAUAUAUAUACCAUCGCAUCCAACAACAAGACCAGAUGGUAGCACACCUUCUCAAGUAAUUGGUCCUGGUGGUAGACCAAUACAGCUCAUUCCAAGGAGACCAGGCCAAACUCCAGGAACAGUAACAGGACCUGAUGGGUAUCCAAUAUACAUAAUAUUACCAAGUGGAUCCGGUUCAACUCCCGGAUCAGUAGAAGGUCCAGAUGGUAAACCAAUCAGACUGGUUCCAGUUGGUCCUGGUUCCACACCAGGAGCUCAGACGGGUCCCGAUGGAAGCAUUCAAAUUAUAUUUAUUCCACAAUCUCGAAGCACUCCAAGUGGAAGCACGCCAUCACAGAUUAAAGGACCGGGAGGACUGCCAAUUCAACUUAUUCCACAAGGUCCAGGAACUACACCAGGUGCGGUUACACGACCAGAUGGUUCUAUUAUAUACAUUAUUUUGCCUAGUGGAUCAGGAACAACUCCUGGGUCAAUAGAGGGACCUGGAGGUAAGCCGAUUAAAAUAGUUCCAGCUGGACCAGGCACAACUCCAGGAGCAAAAACUGGUCCUGAUGGUAGUAUACAAAUAAUAUUUAUACCUCAAGAACAAAGCCGUCCAAGUGGUACUACACCAUCUGAAGUUAAAGGUCCAGGUGGAAGACCUAUUUAUCUUAUACCAAGUCGUCCGGGACAAACUCCAGGUGCAGUUACAGGGCCAGAUGGUUACAUAAUUUACGUUAUAUUGCCUCAGGGCUCUGGAACUACACCGGGUUCAGUUGAAGGACCAGGUGGAAAACCAAUUAAAUUGAUCCCAGUAGGACCGGGUACUACUCCUGGAACCAAGACAGGUCCUGAUGGAGUCAUUGAAAUUAUAUUCAUUCCAUCAUCUCCUGGUGGUGGUAGUACGCCAUCUCAGGUUGAAGGACCAGGCGGAAGACCUAUUCAACUUUUACCCUUACAGCCUGGAAGCACACCUGGUGCUGUUACGGGACCUGACGGUUCUAUAAUAUACAUUAUUUUGCCUAGUGGAUCAGGAACAACUCCGGGAUCUGUAGAAGGACCAGGAGGUAAACCAAUAAAAAUAGUUCCUGUUGGACCUGGUACAACACCUGGAGCAAAAACUGGCCCUGAUGGUACAAUAGAUAUAAUAUUUAUAUCAGGACAGCCAAGCAGUCCUGGUGGAAGUACACCAUCCCAAGUUGAAGGACCAGGAGGAAGACCGAUUUAUUUGAUACCAAGUCGCCCUGGACAAACUCCGGGUGCAGUUACAGGACCAGAUGGUUACAUAAUUUACAUCAUAUUGCCACGAGGAUCUGGAACUACACCAGGUUCAGUUGAAGGACCGGGUGGAAAACCAAUUAAAUUGAUCCCAGUUGGACCAGGUACCACACCUGGAGCGAAAACGGGUCCCGAUGGAGUCAUUGAAAUUAUAUUCAUCCCAGCAUCUCCUAGUGGUGGAAGUACCCCGUCUCAGGUUAAUGGUCCAGGAGGAAGACCGAUUCAACUUAUACCCUUACAACCUGGAAGCACACCUGGUGCUGUUACGGGACCAGAUGGUUCCAUUAUUUACAUUAUUUUACCAAGAGGAUCAGGAACAACUCCGGGAUCUGUAGAAGGACCAGGAGGUAAACCAAUAAAAAUAGUUCCUGUUGGACCUGGUACAACACCUGGAACAAAAACUGGUCCCGAUGGUACCAUAGAAAUAAUAUUUAUAUCAGGACAGCCAAGCAGUCCUGGUGGAAGUACACCAUCUCAAGUUGAAGGACCAGGAGGAAGACCAAUUUAUUUGAUACCAAGUCGCCCUGGACAAACCCCGGGUGCAGUAACAGGACCAGAUGGUUACAUAAUUUACAUCAUAUUGCCACGAGGAUCUGGAACAACACCAGGUUCAGUUGAAGGACCGGGUGGAAAACCAAUUAAAUUGAUCCCAGUUGGACCAGGUACCACACCUGGAGCGAAAACGGGUCCCGAUGGAGUCAUUGAAAUUAUAUUCAUCCCAGCAUCUCCUAGUGGUGGAAGUACCCCGUCUCAGGUUGAUGGUCCAGGAGGAAGACCGAUUCAACUUAUACCCUUACAACCUGGUAGCACACCUGGUGCUGUUACGGGACCAGAUGGUUCUAUUAUUUACAUUAUUUUACCAAGAGGAUCAGGAACAACUCCGGGAUCUGUGGAAGGACCAGGAGGUAAACCAAUAAAAAUAGUUCCUGUUGGACCUGGUACAACACCUGGAACAAAAACUGGUCCCGAUGGUACCAUAGAAAUAAUAUUUAUAUCAGGACAACCAAGCAGUCCUGGUGGAAGUACACCAUCUCAAGUUGAAGGACCAGGAGGAAGACCAAUUUAUUUGAUACCAAGUCGCCCUGGACAAACCCCGGGUGCAGUAACAGGACCAGAUGGUUACAUAAUUUACAUCAUAUUGCCACGAGGAUCUGGAACAACACCAGGUUCAGUUGAAGGACCGGGUGGAAAACCAAUUAAAUUGAUCCCAGUUGGACCAGGUACCACACCUGGUGCUAAAACGGGUCCCGAUGGAGUCAUUGAAAUUAUUUUCAUUCCUGCUUCGCCGGGUGGUGGAAGUACACCAUCAGAGGUUGAUGGGCCAGGAGGAAGACCGAUUGCACUUAUACCUAUGCAGCCUGGUAGCACACCCGGUGCUGUUACAGGACCUGAUGGUGUAAUUAUUUAUAUUAUUUUACCCCCAGGUUCCGGAACAACUCCAGGCUCCGUAAAAGGACCAGGAGGUAAACCAAUAAAAAUCAUUCCAGUUGGUCCUGGUACAACCCCAGGAACAAAAACUGGACCUGAUGGUACCAUAGAAAUAAUAUUUAUAUCUGGACAGCCAAGUAGUCCUGGUGGAAGUACACCAUCUCAAGUUACGGGACCAGAUGGUAGAAUUAUAUAUCUUAUUCCAAGUAGACCAGGACAAACUCCUGGCUCAGUCACAGGACCAGAUGGUUAUAUAAUUUACAUUGUAUUGCCUGAAGGAUCUGGAACGACUCCUGGUUCAGUUGAAGGACCAGAUGGUCAACCCAUUAAAGUGAUCCCUGUUGGACAAGGUUCGACACCUGGAGCUAAAACAGGCCCCGAUGGUAGUAUUCAAAUUAUAUAUAUCCCAAGAAGACCAACUACACCUGGUUCUGGAAGUACUCCAGCACCAGUUCAAGGAGCGAAUGGUCAACCUAUUCAAAUUGUUCCUGGCAGUCCAGGUACCCAACCGCACGCUGUUACUGGUUCCGAUGGUUUUAUUAUUGAAAUCGUCAUUCCAUAUGGAUCCCCCGUUACCCCUGGAUCAAUUGAAGGGCCGAAUGGGCAACCUAUCAAAAUAAUACCAGCUGGACCUGGAACAACUCCCGGAGCAAAGAUUGGGCCAAAUGGCAGAAUAACGGAAAUCAUUCUACCAGUGUACCCAUUCGGAACAACGCCUGCUUCACCAUCUGGAGGAGGUUUCACUCAACCUGAUGGUUCUCCGAUAAGAAUAGUCCCGGGAUCAACUGCUGGUUUCGUAACUGGGCCAGAUGGUAGUGUGAUAGAAAUAGUUUUACCUGCAGAUGAACCUAUUACACCAGGUUCUAUCAAAGGUCCCGGAGGUCGACCAAUUAGACUUGUUCCAGCUGGACCAGGUACUACUCCAGGUGCUAAAACUGAUCAAAAUGGAUACAUAAUCGAACUUAUUCUACCUAAGUAUCCUUUCGGCCCACCGUUACCACCGAGUGGAGGACUUAUGAAUCCUAAUGGUCAACCAAUUCAAAUUGUUCCAGGAACCACUACAGAAAUUGUAACAGGCUCAGAUGGAUUCAUUGUUGAAAUCAUUUUGCCUCAAGAUGAACCAGUUACUCCGGGUAGCAUUAAAGGUCCAGAUGGCAGACCAAUCCAAAUACUUGUCGCUGGUCCUGGAACUACUCCAGGAGGAAAGACUAAUCCAAAAGGUCAACUUACAUCAUUAACAUUACCUCAGUAUCCUUUCGGACUGCCACAAAAUAAUCGACCACAACAACCAGGACAACCAGGUUUUGGCAUAUCUUUCGUGUUCCCAAAAUAUUUGAAUAAUAAACAUCAACCGGGAGGUAUAUUAGAACCCAGUCAGUUCCCUUCAGGAAUAACCGAAAUCAUAGAGGGUUCAGUAAGUUACUCUAGUGUAGUGACUAUCUUACAAUCAGUUUUCCCAGGAGGCACCAUCGAUCCAAAUUCCAUUCCUCAAAGUCACCUGCAAGGUCCUGAUGGUAAUUUCUAUCUACCAGGAUUUACAGGAACAAUGGACAGUCUAAGUCUUCUCAAUGACGGGUUCCCAGAUUUCCAACAACCUGACGACGACGGUCAGCAAUUCGGAGGUGUAUUCUACCUACCUCAACUGCUUCAACUGAUCCAGAAUAUUCCAGGCACUGAUGGAAACUUUGAUUUCCCCGGCUUGAACGGUCAAUUACAAAGUUUCUGUAAAUACUCCAACUUUGAUUACACGCAAGGUGACGAUUACGACAUGCAAGCGCCAUCUCCUUUCCCAGCAUCUAAUGACCUGGGAGGAACCAAGCCAGGCGGAAAUAUCCUAGGUGGUAACUUGAAGUUAGGAAGCCCAUUCUUCACGCCCAGAAACUUAGGGGGAGGUACUUGCGAUACUGAUGCAGCUGGUACCCUCAGGAAAGCAAGGACAGCACUCCAGGAAGUAUCCCUUCCUCAGUCUCAGCAAGCAAUAACUACUCUACUGAGAGCCAUUCAAGCUGGUGUGGAUGCAUCUGAUGGUAACGUUGAUUACAACAUGUUUUUCAAUGAACUUUCAACAAUGGUUUCUCAAGUACGUUCUGGAGUGGCAGGUGGUAAGCCGGACGUCGGUAUGCUUCAAUUACUCUUUGAAGCUUUGAUAGCCUCGCUUGAAGCACUCAAUUCAGCAAAUAUCAGCGGUUUCUCGGCGGUCGAAGUUACGGAAGACAUACCGAUAUAUGCUGCUUUCCUCCAAGAAGUGUUCUACUGAUGAAAGUCUGUAGUGUGCGUUGUGUAUAAAGAAACAAAGUCAUUUAAAAAUUUCACCAAUUUAAAUUAUAUUGUAAUUUUUAUAAUGAUGUGUAUAAAUAAAAAUUCUGUCUUUUAUUUAAGUACUUA